UGCUUCCUUUCUUCCGCCCCAGCCCCGGCGCGUGUGGUAUAAAAGCCGCGUUCAGCCGAGAGGAAGCCGGGGAAAUAAGUGUGUUGCUUCCCGGCGGAUGACGCGCAGAGUCUGAGAAGAUCUAAUCUGAUUUUCCCUCAGCUUCACUUCGUGGUUCAGAUCAGCCACCUCUAAAUUGCCCCAGCAUCCCCGCCUCAAACAACCCAACCUACCACUUUUCCGCUGUAACUACGCCAACUCAAAGCCUUCAAAAUGAUGCAGCUCAUCAGCGACUCCGCCAGCAACAAGCACUCCCUCAUCAACGUCAUGCACCGCUUCAUAGCGGCCGCCAACAACAUGGACGAGACCAUCAUGGUGCCCAGCCUGCUGCGAGACAUGCCGCUGGAGGAGCAGGCAGCCAGCGAGGUGGAGGCCAACAACAACGUGCCGCAGUGUCCCAACAAGCAGAGGGACAUGUACGAGCACUACCUGCUCCUCAAGUCCAUAAAGAACGACAUGGAGUGGGGUAUGCUGAAGAGGGAGAUGAGCAGCGGCGCCAGCUUCCUGGAGAUGGCGGUGAAGCAGGAGGAGCAGCAGCCGGUCACCGGGGAUCUGCAGACGGACGAGCACACAGACCUGGAGCAUCAGUUUCAUUUUCACCUCCGAGGACUGUUUGGCGUUCUGUCCAAGCUCACGUUGCAAGCGGACAAUCUCACCAACAGAUACAAGAGAGAAAUCGGAGGAGGAAACUUCAUCAGAUAGAAGUCCCCACUGUUUUCUUCUUCUUUCUGUUUUUAUUCCCCCACUUCAGCCGGACUGCUUGACUUUAACUAAUUGGAUGUGUUGAAGGGCCCCCUCUCUUCAGAAUAGAUCUCAAUGGACAGUGAACUGACCAGGGCAAUCACUUAGUGACUUCUCACUCCUGUGUAGUGACACUCCCAGAAUUCUUCUUCUUCUUCUUCUUUCCCAUGUUAAACAUACCUGAACCAAUGACGCCUGCACGUGUCAACCUGGGCCUGUUUGUCGGUGCGGGGGUUGACACUUUGUGCUCAGGUGGAGGUUUAUUGAAUCCGUACUCGAGUCCAAAUGAAGCACAGCUCUGGUUUAUGCAGAAACUUGCACUUCCCCUUUUGUCUUCAUUUUCAAAUUUUAACAUGAUUUUGUGGCCAGAUCGAUGUGUCCGUUUUUGAAUAAAAGGUUCGACUGUAGGAGAUAUUGAAUGCUGGUUAUUCGUCCCUCCUUUUUUAAAGAUCUGACAUGGUUCUUAUGCUGAGCUGAAGGGCUCUUACCAGCAGAGGUUUUAAAUCUUUCCACUCUGUGUAUCUAACAUGGUGUGCCUUGACUUUUGUAUUCUCUCAUGCCCUGUUCAGUUAACUCCCCAUUGUCUCUGUGCUUAAAUGGUUCAAGGUGUUUAUGAUGCAACGGCUCAUUUAAGUGUCCUACGAUAUUUCAAAACCAAUUUUAUAUUGACUCAGUUAAAAACGAAAUAAAUAAUUGAAAUCUUA